GCGUUGGUCGCUGUAAGUGGCGCCGAGGUCUCUCAGUGUGUGUUGAACAGUGGUAGUGGGAGGAUACGCGCUCCUCUCCCGGUCCAAAGUUGCUACAACUAUGAUACAAACUGUGUAGAAGGUCGUGUAAGAUUUCUAUGAAGUUAGGCAACCCGAAUUUGUGUAGCAUACGAUAAAACCGGAGAAAUUAGCCGCACACAUAUCUUACAACCGGCCAAAAUGUAUCGGAUCUGUGGUGAAAUGCGUGUAGUGAAUGUCAUAUGUGGCGCGGUGCUGCUCUUAGUGAUGAUCUCUGGAGUAAAGGCUGAAGUAGGGGAUUACACUCACGAAUGGGCGGUCCACGUCGAGGGAGGAGAUGAGAAGGCACACAACAUCGCUAGACGGCACGACUUCGACGUAGUAACUAAGAUAUUCCAUGAUGUUUACCUAUUACGGCACCGGAGAGUGGCGCGGCGCUCAGCUGAUCCAUCCCAGACCCACCACCAUAACCUUAUGGCCGAGCCCCAUGUCCGAUGGGCGGAGCAACAGGUGGUGAAGAGGCGUGUUAAAAGGGAUUUUUUAGACCGGCCGCCAACGCCCUUCAGGUCCACCUGGAUGGACGAUCCCAAGUGGCCGCAGAUGUGGUAUCUGAACAGAGGUGGGUCUCUAGACAUGAACGUCCAGGCGGCGUGGGCCGAGGGGGUGACGGGCAAGGGCGUGGUGGUCACCAUCUUGGAUGACGGUCUCGAAAAGGACCAUCCGGACCUUAUCAAGAACUAUGAUCCCAAUGCAUCUUAUGACGUCAAUAGUCAUGACCAAGAUCCCAUGCCUCGCUAUGACCUGGUCGACUCUAACCGCCACGGGACGCGCUGUGCUGGAGAGGUGGCAGCUGGCGCUAACAACUCCAUCUGUGCUGUUGGUGUUGCCUUUGAGGCAUCAGUUGGAGGUGUUCGAAUGUUGGACGGAGAUGUUACAGAUGCAGUUGAGGCGCGGUCUUUGGCUCUCAACCCGCAACACAUAGAUAUCUACUCUGCCUCCUGGGGUCCUGACGAUGAUGGCAAGACUGUUGAUGGGCCAGGCCAGUUGGCAACACGAGCAUUUGUGGAAGGAAUCAGAAAUGGCCGUGGUGGUAAAGGGUCCAUAUUUGUGUGGGCCUCGGGCAAUGGAGGUAGAGACCAAGAUAAUUGUAACUGUGAUGGCUACACCAACUCUAUUUGGACACUUAGUAUAUCAUCAGCCACAGAAAAAGGUCGCGUUCCAUGGUACUCGGAGGCCUGUAGCUCCACUCUUGCCACAACUUAUAGUUCUGGAUCACUGGGUGAGCGCCAAAUCAUUACCACUGACCUUCACCACUCCUGUACAUCUUCACACACGGGAACAUCAGCCUCGGCUCCUUUGGCUGCAGCAAUUUGUGCUCUAGCUCUUCAGGUAAAUCGGGAUAUUACGUGGCGUGACAUGCAGCAUAUAGUAGUACGAACUGCAAGACCAGAAAAUUUGGAAGCCCCAGAUUGGCAGACCAAUGGUGUAGGACGUCAGGUUUCACAUAGGUUUGGAUAUGGCCUCAUGGAUUCCUAUGGCAUGGUUCAGCUAGCAAGAAACUGGACAAGUGUUCCAACUCAACGAAAAUGUGAGGUUAAUGCACCACAUGUUGAAAAAUUAAUUCCACAAAAGAGCUUCGUCACUUUGGAGUUAGAUGUCACAGAUUGUCCGGGAGUUAGCUAUUUGGAACAUGUUCAAGCUAAGGUCUCAUUAACAGCUGAUCGUCGCGGUGAUAUAGAAAUCUAUUUGUCUUCUCCCGCUGGUACAAAAUCUACUUUGCUUGCUCAGCGACCCCAUGACAAUUCUCGCUCUGGCUUCCAUUCAUGGCCAUUCUUGACCGUCCAUAUGUGGGGUGAGCGUCCACUUGGCAAGUGGAAGUUGGAAAUCCAUAACAAUGGCCAUUUCUUCACUACUGGAGCCACUCUGCUGGAAGAGUGGACACUCAUCUUUCAUGGCACCAGAACUAACACAGACAAGUGGCAGGCACGAGGGGGGCGUAGGGACCGUGGUGGCGGAGGGGUGGUAGGACUGGGGAUUGUGCCAAUCUCCUAUCCGUACAACCCUCCAACCACUCCUACCACCACAUCAACCACAUCCAGCACGACACCCCGACUAUGGCACCUAUACCAACCAGGAAACCCCUUGUACCCAAUUCCCUCACAGUCUCCCCAAUCCCCUGACUACAAAUCACUGCCUGCUUCUAUACGCCCGCCAAAUCAUCGUGACAGCUCCCACCAUAAGGGUAAGGCAGAAGUUUUUGAAUGGAGUUUGACUAUGUAUGGAACAGAAACGGAACCAGGGCAGGCAGUUACCCCACAAGGGGGAGAACUUCCCGCAGUCUCUCCCAUCGAUCCUACUCCACCCCAAGUAGUCGACCCCACUGAAGGCAAUACUUCGACACGUGACCCAGGCACAAAAAGGCCUCCUGGUCUUCCUUCAUCUGCAUCGCCAACACCUGCACCUCUGUUGCUGAAGUUGGGCUCUGCUCAGAGAGCUCUUCCGCCCGGCUGCAGCCGUGUGGAUACUUCUGGGGCCUGCUUAGAAUGCACACACCUUUCAGUUAUUGCAUCAUCCCUGAGUGCAGUGAAGGCAAGAGCUACUGAUCCUAAAUGUGAGAGAAAUGCUUAUCUCCUUGGUGGUAAAUGUUUGCAAAAGUGCCCAGAGAAUUACUACGGGUGGAACCCACAAGCUAUGGGCGCAACAGAAUCCUUGAACUGCCGUCCUUGUCACUACUCAUGCCGCAGCUGCUCUGGCCCACAAGAUUAUGAAUGCACAGUGUGCUGGGGAGAUGCUGAGCUGUAUAGUCCUUCUGAGGGUCAGAAACAUUGUCAUCCUCUUUCUCUACUUAAUGCAUAUCGCAGCCAACAGUCAUGGUAUGUAAUUCUACUCGUAAUCCUGCUUGGGUUGCUGCUCGUUGUACUGUUUUUAGCAGUACUUGUAUUUCGGGCACACAAAACACACCUUCGGUCGUCUAUAGCUGUUAAUUCUGUAGCCAACCUUGGACCAUUAGGUAGCACAAAAUCCUCUUCCAAUGGAAAUACAGCAUACACCCCUGUAGCGAGAGGGGACUCGGAACAACUGAUUACAAAAAUACCUUUCCAUGAUCUCACUAGUGACGAAGAAAUAUAGAAUAUAUUCAUAUUAGGGUGAUAUUGAUAUAAAAAAUGUACAGAAAAUUACUUUAAUAUUCUUUUAUAAAGAAAAAUUACUCUACAUUGCCUCUUUUAAUAAGGUUUUAAAUACAGUACAUUAAUGUUGUAAAAAGGUAGCCAGUCAUAACAUAUACUUAAUAUUUUGAAAAAACUUACCUCACCUGUGAUGAGGUUGUAAAUAAGUACAUACCUUUUUAUGAGUAAAAGAGUAAUGAUUACCACAUAAGAAAUGUGUUUCAGGUAAAGCACAAAUUGUGUAUUUACUGGUGUUAACCACUGAAGUACAGCAUUUAAGGUCUUGGCUUCAGUGUUCUAGGUGUGAAGAGUUGAAAUUGAAUAAUCUUUGCAUUUUGUAUAAAUUUAUUAAUGUUCAGAAUUAAGUGAAAGCAGUAAAGAUCUUUGAAGUUAAUAAUGAAAUUAACUGAGAACACAUCUGAACGAUGCGACCUUGAGCCUUGAAUAGUGAUGCAUUAUCAAGCAUGGUUUAAGAAUAGAAUUAUUAUACACUAGUAUAAUGUGUUAAAGAUGAAAUAUUAGAAACUUUUAAGGCUAUAAAAUUGCCUAGAGUUUUUGGUGCUUAUUCCUGAAAGGUACCGAGUAAUGUAUAGUAAUGUUAAUAUCCAUCUAUUCAUAUAUUUAUAUUUUCUUUCAUAUGGGUAAUGAACUUAUUGUACAUAAUGUGCAAAAAUUAAUUCAUUAAAUACUUUAGAAUUUUUAUUACUGUAAAUUGUAUUUUCAUUGUUUCUUGUUAAAAUUUGUAAAACUGUAAAUAUUUUAUCAAUUAUUGCAGCUUAAAUUUAUAUUUUUAAGACUGAAAUAUAAACUUGUAAAGGAAGAAUAUAUAUUUUAAAAUCUAAAUUGAAAUUAUUAUUACUAAUAUGCAGCAUUACAAAAUAUUGCAAGUUGGUACAUUCUAUGGGGAUAGUAAGCUGGGUGGUAGCCGAUAGUUUGGACUUGCCAAGAUGAAGUUCUUGGUAGUAAGUGGACAAGUCUUCCCCAGUGUUAGUAAUUCUGACAUGGUAUAGUUUUGGAGGUAAUGAAGUUUGGUUGUUAACUGGUAUCAUGCACAGCUAAAUUGGUAACGAGUCUCUUUAAAUAUACUUGUACAGUCCUAGUUUUCUAACAUAGCCAACUUGAUCUGAAAUCAUGAAUUUCACCACAUUCCAAAGUGAGCUUGACUCUGAUCAUUCAAAGUUAAUUUAAUACACCUUUUUAAAAAUAAAAUUAUUUACCUAAUGAGAGUACAAAGUUUUUAUAAUGCAAAAGUACUCUGGGCAUUAAAGUUUUCCUUCUCUCAGUCUUGCAAUAGGAGUGACAAAUUCAAUGUUCAUUGAUUUCCUUAGUAGCUUUAAUUUUAUUUGAAAUUAUAUUUGAUCUGAAGAAAUUGCAGGAAAUUCAUGACCGAAGAAAAUGUUUGACCACAUAGUUGUCGUUUAUGCAUGUUUAAAUCCAGAAACAAAAGAAAUGCUACUUAAUUUACUUAUGUCCUAAAACCUUAAUUUAAAACUUUUGAUCAUGUUUUUAUUGCACUGUACUUAUCAGGUGUGUGAAGAACAAUGCUCAUGUGUUCAUAGCUAAGUUAAUACUUUAACCAUGAAAACAAGUUGUAGAUUAAUUUAUGAAGGCAAUAAUUUGUUAUUUUUUGAACUUUCAUUUGCUGAGUCAUUGUAAAUUUAAAAGUUGUGGUUUUUCUAUAAAAAAAAAAAAUUGGUCUGUACAGAAAACAAGUAUUCAGUUUGGGAUGACCAUUUUGUUAAAGGAAAAACAUUUUUGUAAUACUAAAAUUUAUUUAAAUGAAAAUAUACAAUUGAACUUGAAGAAAUUAUAUUUUGUAAUUAAGCAAAUCUGCUUUUAAAUAUUAUUUAAUAACAAGGUUUUAAAUAAAUUUGUUCCUAAUAAUUUUAAAAUGUGAAAAUUGAUUUAUAUUUAACAUAGCAGUUUACUUGUUUCAAAAAAAAUUUCAUGCAGGUCAGUAAGAAAAUAAAUUGAUGGAUGUGUAAUGUUAGAGCAAUUGAUCUCAUAGCUGCAGGUGUAAUUCAUCAACUGCUCAAAUUCAUCAUUGUGCUGCUACAUAGGAUAUUGUCUGUGAUGUCAAAGUUUUCUUAAAUGUUUAGCGAGCUUUCAGUGGUAGAAAUAUUUUUGUAAGAUUCUAUACCGUCAUCUCUUUAACAGCAACUAAUAAGUAUUACCAGCUGUUGAACUGGAAGAAAUGUUGUGGUUUAAAGGUGCAAAGUUGAGAAAUUUCAAAAUAUGCAUGUCUCGAUUUCAAAAUCGUGCACGAUUAACAAUCGUGCAUAUUUCAAAAUAUGCACGAUUGUUAUAAAUAUUUGUUGUGAAAGUCAUUACAGCACUUCUAAUCAUGCCACAAUCGGAUUAUUGAUAAAACAUGUAUUACGUAGUUAAUUUUUUAAUUUCCUUUUCUAAAUUUAAAAUGUUUAAAUUUGCCUUAAUCCAGUCAGUCAUUAUCUAUAAUUAAAUUUAGAAACACAGUUGUGCAAUUCCUAAAUGUAUGAAGUAGGUAUUAGAAUCAUAAAUAAGAAUGUCCAGAUAGUUAAUAUCCAGAUACAUAAAAUUUUUUACAGAUUAAAUAUUUUUGUAAAAGUCAAAAUUUUAUUGUAGAGGUGAUAAUAAAUUUUCAGGUAAUUA